AUGGAUCUUUGGUGGCAAUGUUGGACAGAACCAUUUCUGCAAGUAGUACCAACUGGAGCAGAGGCUGAGCUAUCAGAUUUCAUGGAAGAUUACAGGAAGAUUUUCCAAGAGGACGAUUUCAGCACUGUAGAUUCCUGGUUUCUGCCAGAAAACGAGAUGGAUCAGCCACUGCCAAGCUGGGCUGGCAGAAGUUACCUAGCGGAGCUUGAAGGGUUUGAGAAUGAAAUGCCAUUCCAUCACACUCCUGGCUUGAAAGGCUUCCCUGAGUAUACAAACACUGUAGUGGAAUUGUCACCGGUCUCUGCCUGCUCAGAUCACAGAGCACUGUAUAACAGAGCUUCUAGGUCUGCCCCUCAUCAGGGGAAUCUCACCACAAACCUGGAAGGCUCCCACUGUCCUGGCCCUGUGCCCCAGCCCUUGCCGUCUCCUCUGUACCCCUGCUCCCCUGAAGAACAGCCAUCCUCAUCUCAGCCUCUAUGUGGAGGUCAGCAGGAACAAGAUCAAGAUGGACAUUGGAGGAAGACAGCUGGCCCAGCCAACUUCUGCCAACCCAGCAUCUCGGACCGUGAUUCAUGUCAGUGUGAGCCUCCAGUCAGGAUCCGGAGAAAAGGGGACUUAAGGGUCUGGACUGAUGCCAACAUCACCAACCUGUCCUAUAAGGACAGGCCAGGUUCCGGCCCCAUCCAAUUGUGGCGUUUUCUAUUGGAGCUGCUCCAGGAUGGCUCAUGCCAGACCUUCAUCCGCUGGACAGGGAACGACUGGGAGUUCAAACUCUGUGACCCCCACGAGGUGGCAAGGCGCUGGGGCAAGCGGAAGAACAAGCCCCGCAUGACCUACGAGAAACUUAGCCGCGGGCUGCGUUAUUAUUAUCACAAGAACAUCAUUCACAAGACCAGCGGGCAGCGCUAUGUGUACCGCUUCGUCUGCGACAUCCAGGGCCUGCUGGGCGAAUUGGCCAAAAAGCUGCACAGCUAG